CUGCGAGCUUUUUCUUUCUUUAAAAAAAAAAAAAAAAACUUUUGUCCGAAUGUCUCUACCUUCUCUCCCUCCCGUGGACAUGCCUUUCAACAUGCCCUCGAACCAGAACGUGUUCAGUUCCCGCGGCGAUGAGCCUUUUGAUUUUGCUGUCCUUAGCCAUCUGAACCAAAGCCUCGUUACAAAUCAAAUGAACGCUCACCAGCCUAUGUUCUUACACAACAGUCAAAUGAGCCGCUCUUUCGAUUAUCUGUCGUCUAAUAACCAUGUGGCCUAUGCCAAUAUCUCGACGUUUUCGAAACAGGAGCCUAAUGGCAACAUGGUUCUCUCUUCUUGCUCCUCCUCCUCCUCCUCCUCCUCCUCUCCGAUCAUCUUUUCUCAGAACCCGAGGGGUUUCCCGUCUCUCGGGCCCAACAAUCAGUUUGAGCUCGGGAGACGGAUGGCUCAGCAUAUGAGAAGGAACAUCGUCUCAAUAUCGCCUCCGAGGACUCAGGUUUCGAGUUUCGUUGAUUACUCUCCUAUCAAAGAUAACCCUAAUAUGACUCGGGUGUCCAUCACUGAGACGAUCACGAAGCAGUAUUCCGCGGUUAUCCCUGCCAGUUCCGUGAUCCCCAUCCAAAACGAUAUCCAACGUGUCAAACGUGCCUUGGCGUGUGAAUCCAGUAUUUGGCAUUCCCCUUCUAAUGAUUUGAGUUCGUCUCAAAACGUUAUCGGGGAGCAAAGUAUCGAUGACGACCGCGCCAAUUUACGUCCCGAGAUCUUGACCGCAGAGCCUCUAAGCACCGUUUUCCCGCAAGGUAUUAACCAAAAUCAUCGUCCUUGGCCUCAAAGGGAAACCAAACCUGACAAUCUUUCCUCACGAUCUCACAAAGAUCCGAUUUAUCCCGAAUCUUUAAACCCCUCCUCCGCCCCACCGGACAAUCGCGAUAAGCGCAAGAGCUCUCGAGGUUUUCGAUCAGAACCUAGCCGAGGGAAAAAAGCCCGCCCAUCGAAGAAAAUCGAAGACAUAGUGGGGUAUUUCUUCAAUUAUUCCGAGGAAGAAGAUGGAUACGAAGACGAUGAUGCCUACGAUGGACGAACUCAUAGCCUGCCUUACGCGAAAUACGGUCCGUACACAUGUCCUAAAUGCAAUACAUUGUUCGACACUUCACAAAAGUUCGCGGCACAUAUGGUUUCGGUUCAUUACAAGAACGAGACGGGUAAGGAGAAAAGGAAGAGGCUUCGAGCGAGGUACAAGAAACAGUUUCGUCAACUAAAUCUCGAGGUUCCGGGAGUCAAGCACGACGUUUCCGGGCCAUUAGAGGCGGAGAAGGAGAUCAAAAAGACGGAUUUAGAGGUCGAGAAAGAAGAAAGAGUUGCGGGGGAAGAAGAAGAAGAUGCUGCUGCGAGUAGCAAAGGCACAAGAGACGGUGACGGUUUUCUCCAUGACGUGGUUGUGAAACAAGAGCUCAUGUAGCUUAAUUUAAUUUGUAAUCUUUUUUUUGUUUUAAGUAUUUGUAAUAAAUUUUGUCCAAUUUUCUAUAUGGAAAGAUUAC